CAUUUUCAGUGAGACAUUAGCGUCCAGAUCACAGCUAUAGACAUAGUAAAAUCUCUCAAUAUCAUCUGCCAUUGUCAGCCAUGUUAUGUUAAGAGGAUCACCUUGAUCCCAAUCCUAAAUCUAGUCCUAAAUCCAAUCGUAAUCCAUAUAUCUGCCCUAAUCUAAACCCUAAUCCAAAUAAAUCACUUAGAUUCCCAACUCCCCCCGGAAAAUAGAAACAAACACUCCCCAGUCCCCCGGGAAAUGCAAAGUAACAAAAUUGUCAACAAACGAAAAUUGGUCAAAAUUGACAGUUGAUAUAGAGUUUUCUUUCAAAAAUUGUGCACGUUAUACGAGAAUGGAGAACAUUUUUCUACAAAAAUAACCACAAUAUGUCUACUCGAAGUGUUUUCAGGCUAGGAAAAUGUAAUCUGAAUGGAAGAGGAGCAAUUUUUUACCGGUUUUUGACGACAGACAGAACUGUUUUUGCUACAAACGUUGCCGCAAGCAAAGCGAAAUACGAAGCACAUUUCGGUGCCCAUUGCAGAGCUCCACACAACAAAAUGGCCUGUGAAGACGCCUAUUUUAUUUGGAAUCGAAACGGCAUUGCAGCUUUUGGUAGGGUCAGGGCUAUAAAGUUUGCUUUUUUUGUUUACAUGUAUGAAAAUUUAUAUAUGAAUAUUUAAUUUUUCCCAUUUUGUGGAUUUUCAAGUUUUAUGUACUGUACAUAAUAUAGAUGCACUUAUUUCGUAUAUCUUUGGACAAGAGUAAAAUAUUGACAAGAUAGGGCACAUUGCAACUUUUUGGCUAACACAAGACAUUGGUCUACAGCCAUUAUUAAUGUUCAACACUUUCUCCCUGGAAUUUAAUAGGAAUAUUAAAGUACAAUAAUAAAUUAAGUAGGCUGCAUUGCGACUUAUUAAUAGGGUAAUGUUUUGCUGACAACCGGUAUCUAGCUGUCAUGAAUUUGCCUCUUGGUCAGUCUAUGUGUAUGUAUUAUAAAUGUGGAAUUGUUCUACUCAUAGUGGAUUUACACAGCAAAGCAGUUUCUUUCAGGAACCUAAAAACUGAUUUACACUACACAACUUUUGCCUAAAACUGUUGCAUGACUUGAGUUGUACUGUAUAAAUCAAACACAUAACUCGCCUACAACCACAUAUGGGUUUUCAACGGUUACUUCUAUCAAGCAAAAUCUCGCUAUUUACCCAUCUCAGGAAUUAUCCUUCUCUUGUCUAAAUUGUACCAUAAUUAUUACUUCAUCUUGUCAGGAGUUGCAGAUGGGGUAAGCGCAUGGCGACAUGCUGGUACGGAUCCGUCGCUCUUUCCCAAUAUGCUGAUGGCAAACUGUAUGAAACAUUUGGAGGAUUGUCAAGGAAAAAUAAACCUCAAGGAACUUCUUUCUUCUGCUUACAGCGAGAUUUUACAGAACAAUCAAGUAGAAGCUGGUAUGUCAAUCCACUAUGCAAAAACAUAGAUUGACGUAACGCUACUCACAUGAGUUCUGUACAACUUCAGAUCACUUUAGGGUAGCUCACAUUCAAGAGCAUGUACUACCUCUGCAUGAUCUAACCAUGCUUAACUCAGCAGUGAGUUCUGGACAACAUCAGAUCACUUUAGGAUAGCUCACAUUCAUGGACAUGUACUACCUCUGCAUGAUCUAACCAUGCUUAACUCAGCAGUGAGUUCUGUACAACAUCAGAUCACUUUAACGUCGCUCACAUUCAAGAACAUGUACUACCUCUGCAUGAUCUAACCAUGCUUAACUCAGCAGUGAGUUCUGUACAACAUCAGAUCAAUUUUGUCCGACACGUUUUCACAUCUGAUGAUUUGUCCGACUAAAAGUCGAUUUUGAGAUGAUUUGUCCAUCUGGACGACUUGUCCGUCUUCUGAUGUGAAAACGGCUAAUAACUGUGUUUCAUGCUUGUGCUGUUUUGUAUUGUAUUUUGUUCUAUUUUAUUGUUUUGUAUAGUUUUAGAAUGGUAAGCACCUUGCAUGGGACUUUAUGUCUCGUUCGUGCUUGAUAUUGUCCAUUUGAGUAUUCUACUUAUUUCUAUAUAGAACUGUUGUGUUUAAAACGUUGUAGAAUUCUCAAUAAAAUUGUUAAAAAAAAACAACAAAAAAAAAACAACUUCAAGGUAGCUCACAUUGAAGAACAUGUAGUACCUCUGCAUGAUCUAACCAUGCUUAACUCAGCAGUGAGUUCUGUACAACAUCAGAUCACUUUAAGGUAACUCACAUUCAAGAACACGUACUACCUCUGCAUGAUCUAACCAUGCUUAACUCAGCAGUUAGUUCUGUACAACAUCAGAUCACCUUAGGAUCACAUGUACAUGUUUGACCUCUAAAUAUGCUUAACUCAGCAGUAACAUUCUAAUGUAGUCUAAGGUCUAUUUACUUUCUCCACAAACACAGGUAGCAGUACAGCCUGUCUUGGUAUACUUGACAAAGAAAAUGGUCAACUCCAAACGUUAAACUUAGGUGACAGUGGUUUUUGUCUUUUCCGUAAUGGAGAGACAUUUUACAAAAGUAAAGAACAGUAUCAUGAUUUAAAUGUACCCUAUCAAGUCGGAGUCAAAGAAAUUGUGGAUGGCAAGGCUGUGCCACAUGGCAACAGGUAGAGUAUGGUUAGAUGGUUUAGUUUUUGAAAUGACCAUUUUAAUAUGUAAAGAACAAGGACACCAUUUUUUUAGUAUUUAUUCAUCACCACCACCACCAUCAUCAUCACCAUCAUCAUCACCACCAUAUUAUCAUCAUCAUAGCUAAAUCUUCCUUGACAUUUUCUCAAAUCUUAAUGGUGUCAUUCCAUAGAGUUAGGUCUUCACUUAAUGACAAGGGCAAACCAAGAGUAACGCAACUUUGUACCUAAACUUACAUUAUUCAAGACCUGCCCAGCGCUGUCAACUACUGAACUGCAAACUUUUAAGACAAAUAUGUUGUGGUUCCAACUUCCUGUUGUAUUAAACAACAACUCCCUUGAGUAUUAAAAUCAUCUGGCAUUUGACAGAUCAUAUUAGUAUGGCAUUUGACAGAUCAUUGUAGUAUGGCAUUUAUAGAAAGUUAUAAAAUAGCAAACAACAGCGCAUACUUCUUCAUAAGCAACUAUAACUUAUUCGUGAUUUUUGACAUAGCCUGCGUGGCAGUUAGAUUUUUUGAAGAAUUAACGUAGGCCUAUAUCUCUUCUAUUUUAUACAGUCCUUGUGACGCUGUAGUCCAUUCAUUUGAUAUUGAAGAUGAUGAUUUAAUUAUACUUGGAACAGAUGGAUUAUUUGAUAAUAUGUAUCCUCAAGAUAUUUUUGCUGCUGUUAGUUCAACUUCACCUAGAGAUGUGAGUUUUAUUAUUGUUCUAUCGCCAAACUGAGUUUGCAUGAUUCCUACCAAACACCCAGGCACUGGUUUUCUCCAAGUUUUCUUUCCUCCUGUAGCCUAACCAUGGACCAAUAACGGAUCAGUGGUCAUUACUGGACAUUUAGAGAGGACAGUUUAGAACUGAUAGAGCUAUCCAGCGUAAAUACAAAUCAGAAUGUGUCUUAUUUUCCUUUAGGGAACGGACUUAGAUGGUCGUUCACGACUACUUACAAAGGAAGCACUUGCGCGUUCCGUUGAACUUAAACCAGGAAGGUAUUUAAGGCCGAUUUAGACUACACAACUUUUGCGUAAAACUGUCGCAUGCAACCUGCUUACAACUUGAAUUGUACUGUGUAAAUCAAGCUCACAACCUGCGACAUGCAACGUAGACGAGUUGUGUGCUUGCGUUAAACAGUAAAACUCAAGUUGUAAGCAGGUUGCAUGCGACAGUUUUACGCAAAAGUUGUGUGGUGCAAUUCGGCCUAAAGAUACAUGCAGUGCCUAUACUGUGCAACUGACACGUUACAUAUCUCUAAAUUUCUCUAGGAUCACACCACGUGAAGAGCGACUUCAAAAAUAUGAUGAUUCGUUGAUUAUCCCUGGUGGAAAUUUUGAUGAUGUCACUGCGGUUGUAGUUCACAUUAAAACACAGUAAAUAACUAACUUGUUUAAUUUUGACAUCUAUAAGAGCAAGAAAAUUAAACUACAUCUUUCCAAAUACUACUACAGUCUGCAUGCAAUGAAAAAUUAACAUUUUUUUCUCACUCUGAUAACUGAAGGUUGGCCGCACGAUAGUGAAGAACAAUAUCAAUGAACAAUCGAAAUGAAAUCUAAAUAAGUUAGGCACUGGCCAGUAGCCCCGAUCAAGCGUGGAUGAGAGUUUGCAGUCACGCAUUGUUACGGCAGACAUUUCAAGCUCCAGAUUAACAAACUAAAGGUUUGAUGAUUGUUCCAACUAUGUUUUAACUUAAAUACAUGAUAGUGUUGGGAAAACAUUAAGAACAGCUAACCAAGGUCGCGUGACUGUCAACUCUCUUCCUCGUUUCAUCCGGGAUUUAGUUGAAUCUCCUAUGGGUUAUAUUUGUCGAGGAUUAUUGUAAACUAAGUGUUUAUAUAGAGUUUUGUAUUUACGAAUUUUACAGUACAAUUUAGUGUACAAUAAAUAAUGAUUUAUACUAUAAAUACAAAUAGAUUAAAAUGGCUGCAAAUGUGGCGAGUGAAUGUUUUCCAAGAAUGCGCAAUUCUAUAAACUUUCAAAAACGACUCUGCGCAAAGUGUUAAAGAAGAAAACAGGUUGUCUAAUUAAUAUCUUAGUUAAUUAUCUUGUAACGAUUUAUAAUGUGCAUUAAAGAUUAUUAUUAU